AUGUACAAGAAUUUACGUGUCGCCAUGGCGCAGACGUUUGUGUUGUAUUUGGUCGUUGUUUUAGGAACUUUUGCAUCCGUCGUAAGGACCCAAGGUGAGCUGGUUAGGCAAACAUUGUUUUUUAUGAAUAAUAAAUGCACUAUGCUGCGGUUUCUGGGUUUAUACCGAGCUUUCCAAUCCAAUUUAAUCAAAACCUUUUGCCUCUGGUAUGCAAAGAUCAUUUAGAAAGACGUUCCGUACCUAAUGAAAGUGUGACUAAUUUGUUGAGGAAUUCUCUUGCUUAUUUGAGUCUCAUAUCGGCGGGAGAAAGUCUGAUUUUGCGAAUCAAAAACAAGUUUCAGGAAAUAAUGGGUGAAUCCAUUUAAAAGGCUAAAAUGUUUUACUCUCUGAAUUGUCCCUCUUCUUAUUCGCUCUCAUUUGAAGUUAUAUUUUCACGCAUCGCUAACUGAUUCUAACCGAGGGGAUCAUCGAAUGUGUCUCAAAACGAAAAAGUGAAAAUUUUCUAACGAGAACAACCUCUAUCCUGCUUUUCACUAAGUAAUUUGUGAGGGCGUCGGGUAAAUUUAUCAUUCCGAGAAUCUCCGUCGAGUAGCCACUUAACCGAUAUCAGUAACACACGAUUACUCACAGAUAUGACAUGGAGAUGCGUUGAAUAACUGAGAUGUACAUCUGUUUAUUAAGAAAAUGACCGAUGCAGCUGAGGUUUAGCAACUUCAUGUAAAAAUUUUACGUCUAAUUAUAAAUCAACUGCUAAACUAAUUAGCGUGAAAACCAAAAAAAUAAUACCUCCUUGAAGGAAAAUUGAAAUAAUUGUCUCUCUCGUUAGCAAUAAACUCAUAUCUAUAAUCUUCUUUAGAUAAUGUACUUAUCUUUAAGCCGAAAGCUAACAAUAACAGUACAUUCCCAAAUAGAGAAAACGCGUUGACUCUUAAAUUGGUGUAUGCACCACAUCUGAAACGUUUUAAGAGAAUGAUACUCAAUUUUUGAACGUUGAAAAGUCUAAGUUCUUUCUUUUACAAAGAGUUACGCUCACGGGAAAGGGUCACGUUCAUUGCGAAAAGGACGUCAGAUAUUCACAGAAAAACUUAAAAAUUAAAUAUUUUUGAAGCAGAACAGCUUAUAAAAACACAGCUUUGAAAUGGUGUCAUAGUUAUACCCUACUGGCAAUAAAUUCCUGCGGUUUUUUUCGUAGGAUGUUUUAAGCAUUAUUGGCAUUACACAAUACGACGGCAGAACAGCUGGGAUUUUUCUCAGCACUGUAAAGUGAAAAAGCUCUCCCUCCCGUAAUGAUCUCACGUAGUGUGGGUGGAACUUAGUCUGGUACCCAGACCUUUCACGGGUAGGGUGACAGUUACACGGUAGAAUCUGGGUACGAGAUUAGGUAGAGCUUAGAUAAACGCAAAACAGGAGCAAAUUGAAAAAAGCUGGUAAAGAGAAUUAAUCGAUGAAAAUUUAAACCGGAAGGAACUCAUCCUGAGCUCCUAUUCAAAACGUUUCCAUAUACUCUUUUUAACGCCUUACACCCAGACAUCAAUAAGGAUUUUCUCCAUUCAAAUCUCUAUACAUUUCCAAGGGAGCGGACAAAGAGAAUUUACUUAGCAGUUAAAAGCGUCUUCACCUCAUGACCUUCAUUUGUGAUUUAAAAAUGACAUUGUAAAGAGAAAUUAGAUGCUGGUCACUCUAAGGAGUCUUAGGGUUAUGAAAAAGUUCCUAAGUCAAUUCUCUCAAGCCUAGUUCGUGUCCAAACCUAACGAACCUGGGCGAAUGAAGUUAAGAGCUUUUAUUAAUUAAGGUAAGGAAAAAUAUUGAGCUUCACUGGACAUUUCCAUGAGUUGCAGGCACAGAAUGGGAGGAAUACACUCCAUAUUGGUGCACCCCAGUGGGGAGAGUUUUGAUGAGCCGAGGAACGACUGUUAAGGAAUGUAAAAGUUAUUGCAAUGAAGGCUGUGGAGCAAUCGAGUGGUGGGAGGGCGGAGGUCAAGCGUGUUAUCUGUGCACUGACUUGAGUCUUCUGAUUGAGUUCCCAUACACGCGGGAUCUAUCCUAUCCUCCUCAUGUGUUCAUCAAACAAUCAGGUAUGCCUGGAUGCGUGUUAUUUUUUUUGUCAUUUGGCUUGAUGAGAACGUGGUUGCCGAGUGGGCGGCAUGCUGGAUCCUGAAUCCAGAAGUCCAGGCUCAAGUCCACAACUACUUCCUUAUGUUCUGUUCUUGCGUGGUCUCAAGUUAAUCUUUAGGUUUCGAGGUUAGGAUUCAUUAUAGUAUUAUCAGGGUCAAUUGCUGUAUUCUUGAUGUGAAUGUGCUAGUAUCUCUUCUUCUUUCUUUUUCCGCAUAGUGCUUGCCUAAGAGCUGGCCCCUUUUAUAAGCGCUGCAGGAUGCGCGUACCUUUGCCCGCGGGGAGGAUUUGAGACGAGUUGGGGGAGGUUCGCCGGGAGUCUGGCUCUGAUAUCAGUGCCAGACCCCUCGCCGACCUCUCGCUGGCUUACGUUGCUUCAAGCCUCAUUCUUUUCCGUGAGCGAGGAAACCUAGUGCCGGAAGGCCCGUGACGAGGGCCCUCUCGCAGGUUAACAUUGUGCCAGUAUAGAUGCCAACACGCUCCUCUUACUUAAAGUGUUAUGCUUGUGAUUCUUCAUUAAUACACAACACCAUUUUAUGUUGUUCAUCCUUUUGUUUUCAACUAAACUAGAUGCGCAAGCUACACCUACUACUAUUGCGACCACGAUUGCAACAACGUCAACAGCAGUAACGUCUGAUGAAGGAAUACCGACAACCACACCUGAAGAAACAAAGACAACUUCUUCGAUGGAGGAAAUAUUCCCAACUGUGUUUCCGAUAGAUGAAGAUGACAUAUCAUCUACGCCAGAUGAGGAAGGUACAACAUCUGCAGCAACAGAUGGAGAGGAUAUUGCGUCGACUCCUUUCCUAGUUUCAACACUUGCAACAGAGCAGGAAAAGACAUCCGCCGUAUAUCAAGAAGGUACCACCGCUUCCCCAGAGAUGACAACUUCAGCGCCAAGUGUAGAAGGAACAACGGCUAAACCAGAAAGAACUACAACAAGGUCAGCUGUGGAAGGAGAUGGAACGGUUUCUGAACCAGAUCAUCGGAUAACAACCUCUGCUCUGAAUCUACAACAGACAACAACUAGUCCGUUUCAUGGAGGAUCAACUUCUACCACCAACGAAGAAAGUACCACCAAGGAGGCAGAACAGGAAAUGACCGCCCUUUCACCAAUCCAAGAAAGUACUGCAUCUGCUUUGGACCUACAAACGACGACAUCUGCACCUGAACACGAAAGGCCUACCUCUAAACCAGAGGUGGAAGGAACAAAUACAGGUAAAGAGGAAACAACACCUUCACCCGGCCAAGAGGCAAAGACCUCUGAACUGGACCCAGUAGCAAAAGACCCAGAAAAAGAAACUUCCCUUCCUAACAAAGAAGCAACAACCACUUUACCUGAAAAAGGAGCAUCUACCUCAGUGCCUGAGCUGGAAUGGACGACCUUGUCACCACAUUCAGGAAGAAAGACAUAUGCGCAAGGAGCGACCCCCGAGUCACACGAAGACACGACAUCAUCUCCAUCAAGUAAAGAAGCCACAACCUCCGGACCAGAGCUCAUAAAAACCAUUUCAGCACCAAAUAAAGAAGGAUCGACAUCUGCAACACGUCAAGAAGGGACAACAUCUCUUCUACAGCAAGCAGGAAUCACCUCUGCAUCAGAAGCUGUGCCACCUGCCUCCGAGAAACAACAAGAGGGAACAAGCUCUGAACCAAGUGAGCAGGUAACAACUAUACCACAAGGGCAGGAAUUUUCAACUUCUUCUUACAAAGGAAUUACCCUCAAGCCAAAAGAAGAACGGACCACAGUAACACAUCCUGAAAAGAAAAUGACAAUUUCUAAUGAAGGGAAAACAAAUUCAGCGAAAGAGGGAGGAACAUCAUCUACACCAACAGAGGUAUACAGUCUUUGUCUUAAAGUAUUAAUCGUUCCUGAGAUGUGACAAAAUUAUUUGCUCCAUCGUUCAUAAUAAAAACACGGAACACUCAGGAAGAAACCCACUUUCAUUUUAGAAGUAUGUAAUUCCAUUAGACAGCGUGAUCAUGAUUAUGAGUGUAAUCGCAUAAACGACCCUUUCUUGUCGGUAGUCAUGACUAACGUCUCAAAACCCUUCGCGGUAGUCCUUCUCCGAAUAAAAUGACUUCUUUCAUUGAAAACCUUCUCAAUACGAUUUUUUGUUUACUUGAAUUUAAUGAUUGCUUCCUCUUGAGUUGCCAAAUUGCAUUUGUUCACUGCGAACGACUAUUCAUCUUUCGAGAGCAACCCUCAUUACUAUUUUUUUCUUCCCUCAAUUCCAUUUAGAGUCAUUCCAUAAGAUCUCCCGUGACUCUUCCUGGCGUUCCAAUCGAAGUAUCCUCCAAAACCAUCUCGGAAACGGAGCUAGAGGUGUCCUGGAUGCCACCACAUGAGGGACGCUCAAACAUUUUGUUCUACAGAGUCAAAGUUAUCGACGUCAGUGGGGGUAAGUACUGUCUGUGUAACUAAAACAAGAUUUCAUGUAGUUGCAUUUUUGAUGGAUAAUCAUUAUUGUACUGUGAUACACUUAUGGUAUAGGUAUAUUUACGCCAAAUAACCUUGAAAUUUGGAUGAUUGCUACUUUGGACGGUAGAUGGGCGUCUUCUCUGUCUUGAAAAUUUCAAAUUUAGAAAUGCUCAAAAUCUUUAUUGAAGUAUUAUCAGUAACGCGAUAUAGAGGGUUUCUCUGGUUCCCUCUGACUUGUAACUAAUUGCAAUGCAUCCUGCAAGUCCUUAGUCCAAGUCCUGUCUGUGAGAGCAUACCUUUACCACUUUUCACAGUUUCUGAUACAAAAGGCCUGAAGAGGCGUCUGUAUUUCCAGGCUAACGCUUCCUGGACAAAUAUGUUUGUUCAUAACCCUGUAUUGUCAUUUAAGCAGUGUUCGAACACAGUGUCUACAAGAUACCGAUGGUGGCGAAGGCACUUCGCUUACAUCGUGGUGAUUUUUAGCUGUUGUAGCUCAUUUCUGUUACUGAUCUUCUUCUCUCUCUCAGGCGGGCUUACAAGAAUAAUCCAAGUGCCGCAGUACGUUCAGUCAGUCACGGUCGACUCCCUUAAUCCGGACACGGAGUACUUGUUUGCAGUAUCAGCUGGCAAUCAACAUGGAAUUGGACCAUUGUCGGAGGAAAUGUCUGGGCGAACGAAGGCCAUAAUAGCAAGAAUAGAACCCACAAAGGACACUGAAGUGCAAAGUACGAGUCAAGAGGGUAACAGCUUAUACAUUUCAACUUAUAUACGUUUUUUUCCUACCUAUGGGCAAUUUAAAUAGUUUUGAAAACCCACGUUCGUUAUGUCGGGGCGAGUUAGGAAAACUGGGUCGAGUACACGAAAUGAAGACUUCCUAGAGACUUCCCCGGAAAACUUCACCUCAUGCAAUCCUGAAUUUCUGAAAACGAAACAAAGAUAGGUUAAAUGAAUCACGUCAAAAGAAAAACCCUCCUUUUCUCUUAUAUCUUGUGGGGAAAUUUUGAUGAUUUAGCAUAGCUUGACGUAUUUGAUGCAGUUCCUUUUCACUAUUUCUAUCGAGGACAUCACAAAAUGGAACAAAUCAGGUGCCCAAGGUCUGUGUAUUUUUUCGUAUGUGGUUGGCCAUGUUUACAACCCAGCUAUUUCUAUACACGAUUCUCCAAUGGAUUAUAUUCCAAAACCAAGCGUAAAGUUCUCUUUUCGCAUUGACAAAUUUAUAUUAUUGUCUCGCUUUGCAAUACUCGUUGAAAAAGUUCUUCCAAUUUUACUGGAAAACUUCAACGUUUUUCAGCUCCAUUCACGACCAUUUCUUCUUUCUUCCAACAGAGCCAGUCGUAAGACUCUCUCACCGCACAGACUUUGUCGUUGCCGGAAUGGACAAGAGUACCAGAGCCAUAUGUUUUGUGAGUGGACAGGAAUUUAUUGGUUGGUUUAAAUCAACUGGGAAACAAAUCAUUGGCACAAGUCCUAACCACAGAAUGUACGUGGAGGACGAAGAUGACAGCUAUUCGCUUGUAAUCCGCAGGCUUAUGCAAUCUGAUGGCGGGGAAUACGUUUGCCGUGGAACCAAAACGAGUGCAACUUAUUCGCUCUACGUCGAAUGUAAGUGCUGUAUGGUCUAAUGAUAGAAAAACAUUCAGGAGCCAUUCUUCCAUUGUAAAAUGGCAAGGGUUUGAAACAGCAUUGAUCAAAACAUAAGGGAAAGAACGGGCCAGGUUUCCUCAGAAAAUUCUUGACAAGAGGAUUAUUGGCGAGCAUAUUGCAAUUCUCUUCAAAAGAGUUCGGUAAACUUUUGAUUUAUGAAAAAAUAAACCUUGAUAUAUAUUUUAAAUUCUUACCAAAAAAUGAGGAAUGUGCAUGUUGCGAGUGGAAAGACGCAUUUGGAAAAUGUUUUGCUUGAGUUUCUGCGGAAAUUAGUCUUUCCUAGCGGCUAAUAUGCUGGAAACAACUACAGAUAGAGAAGUCUAGCUUUGAGUCCAAGCUGGUUCAUUGUGCCAUUUUAUUGGGCCAUUUUAUUUGGUCACUUUAUUGGGCCAUUUUAUUGGGCCAUUUCAUUGUACCAUUUUAUUGGGCCAUUUUAUUAGGCCAUUUUAUUAGGCCAUUUUAUCGGGCCAUUUUAUUGGGCCAUUUUAUUCUUAAAGUGCCUCUCUUAACCCAAGAUUAUAAACGUGAACUGGCAAACUGUCAGGGGAAAAAUGACGAAUUACAGUGAGGUUAUUUGUUUAGGAUUGAAAUCCCACUGCCGAGAGGAUGAAGUGUUUGUCCAUCCCUGAAAUGAAAAAAAAUCAAUAUUCGUGAAAGCCUAUCUGAGCUUGCGUAGACUUCCGAAGCUGUCGCCUCUUGGCAAUCUUUCCCAUGGUGUUUUCUUUCCGUUUGACUUCUUUUUCAGGCGUACUAGGCCUAUGAAUAUUACGGAUGCCCUAAAAAAUGUAUUGUGUUAAACUGUUUUUUUAACACACUUUUAUAGAUAACAGUUGUGCGAUCGUAUCGAGCCGCCAUGUUUGUUUUGCAUGUUUUAAAACUUAUGCUAUGUUCGCACUCAGAUCUCGUGCGGUCAAAAAAACCCUAUGGAGCCUUCUUAAACCUAAAGGUCUCUCUAAUUUUGCGUCGACAGUUUCUGUGGAGGAUCCUCCAGACGUUCAAAACUUAUGGUUAAACCAAGAAGGUGAGAUAUUUGUCGGUGUCAAGAUUGGGUACCCGGCUCCGGAGUAUCUCUGGCAGAAAAAUGGAGUCAAACUUGACGCAAACUCAGGUCGAUUUCGUCUCCUACCCGAUGGAACCAUCAAAAUUAGUAAAGUGUCCGCCGAAGAUGCUGGAGAUUAUAAAGUGAGAAUAUCUCAAUUGAACAGGCGACGGGAAACCACUGAAACAAUUAAAGUUAGGAUUUUUGGUAAGCGAUAUUCGUUACAUUUAAAAUUGAGAUCAUAAGCUCGAGAUUUCGUUCACAUGGGUUUGGGGUGAAGCCCGAAGGAAGUAUAAUGCACAAAUAUGGAGGCAAAUGAUCCUUAUAGAGAAAUCUGUUUUUUGUCUCGUCACGAGCAUGGGACAAAGAAAAAAUUCUGAGACAGCAUGAGGAAUCGAACCUCAAACCUUCGGAUUCCGCGCUACGGUGCUCUACCACUGAGCCACAGAGACUCUGGAAAAUCACACUCAAGACAAGACGAAAACAUCUUUCUAUAUUUCUUUACCAAGCUCAAAACGUACCUUCUCUCUUAUUCUAAUGAUGCUUACGUUGCAACAUAAAUGUGCUAGUCGUUUGAACCUUGAUAAGAAGACAGGCUCAUGUUUCCAAUAAUAUUAGUAGUAUAUGACCUUCAGGCUCGUUAAAAGUGUUUCCGGUUUCUGCGCUUGGGUAGUCCAUGUUGUCUCCUCGUCCGGUAGGCCUCCUACUCAAACCAGCUUUAAAGGCGAACUGGGCCAACCUGUCUAAAUAUCGCAAACAAAAAACUAAAUGAAGUUAAUUGAAAUCCAUAGACCCUCCGCAGAUCGACACCACAAAGCCAGCGGAACGCAACCUCACCUUUGGCUAUCCAACGACAUUAGAAUGCUUAGUUUCCGGUAUUCCCAAACCGGAAGUCACAUGGACCGGCCCAAAUGGAGAGACAGUCACAGGGUCUGAGCAACGCAUUUCAUUUCAAAGCGACGGUAGUUUAAAGAUAUUUCAAGUAAACUUGAUGGAUAUGGGCAGAUGGACCUGUGAGGCGAUAAAUUCUGUGGGAAGUGCCAGCCGACAGAUUGAGGUUCAGGCGAUUUAUAGUAAGUUUUUCUAAGAUAAAAUUGGAAGGUUUAAAUAUUCUUUUACAAUAUGCGAUAGAUAAAUUGUUAUAAACGACAAAGAAAAUGUAUAUAAUGCCCAAUUAUGAUGGUUCAUGGUAACCAUCAUUGUAACCAAAGCUGAAAACAAUAAACGUGGGAGAAACUUGGCUGAAACUGCAGGCAUUCAGGCCCAAAUCUCGUAGGAAAAGGGGGAGGAAGGAACUCACGUUUUGGUGCAGUAAAUAUUGAGAGUGCAGAAUCAAAUUGGCCUUUUAACAAGUCAUUUCGUCGGGAUGGCGUUUAACACUUAAAUUUUUUUAGGGACUUUUUCGAAAUCAAUAAUUUUCAUAUCAAUUAAGGAUCGGACGCAUUGGACACUUUUAACACGCCAAAGAAGUUUGCUUGUGCUGUGAAAUUUGAGUGAGGGUUAUGUGCUUGGCUUUUUUCUCAAUGAGAUACUGCUUCUCUCAUAACAGUGCUCUCUCUGCUCGCUCGCGACUAAAUUGUAAGAUCUUUUAACUCUAAUUUUAUUCAGCUCAUUCUCGCAACAACGGCCUAUAUUUCAGAUACAAUCAGCUGGUUCGCUAGAAAGUAAAAAUUUUGGUAAUUAUGUAUUGAUUGAGAACUUUGCUUUGCCAGUGCCGCCGGAGAUUCAUCAGCUUUCAAACAUCAGCGCAAAUGAAGGAGAUUCUAAAUCAUUGAAAUGCACCGCUAGCGGUUUCCCUCUCCCGAAAGUGAUUUGGCUCAGGGACAACAAAGAAUAUCCAGGACAGAUGGUGGGUUCUGACAUGGACACUUGUUUAAACCUCUAUUUCAUCGGUUUUCGAUAUAAGACUUUUUUUUAUUGAAACUAAACUUUGGGAUUAUCUGUUGCAAUCAAGUAGUCUAAAACUGAAAAUUCGAAGUUACACAAUAAAUUAUUCGUGAAGAGCGAUACUUCAUGUGGGUCCGAUUUCUGGCGGUAAUCUGCACAUAUCAGCCAAAAAUUGUUAGUACUCCUUGACGCAUAGGCGGGAUAAACGGGACAGGAAAGCGGGUUGUCGUGCAUAGUUUAUUUCCUAUUACCUUUUAAACCACAGAAAAAACCUGGCGAGAGCGUGUUGAACCUGGAAGAUCUCGGCUUAGACGACAUCUCGAAGUUUAUUUGUGAAGCUUCUAAUGCAGCAACGGACGAGGAAGGAGAAAUUAUUGUCAAGACAGUUGCUGUUGAUCUCUUUGUUAUGGGUAGGUAUUUUACGUCAACUUUGCUAAGGUGGUCAUUUUAAUUACAGUUCCCAUGUCUGCCGUUGCUAAGAACAGUGAAUCACGUCAAAAAAGGUAAAAAAGAAACUGGAUGGGAUCAAUGUUUCUUGAGAGGCCAUUGGGCACGAAGUCACGACAGCAGGAAAAAAAUUUACUGGUGUUUUUCUCAAAAACGUUAAUUUAAUGAAACAUUUUAGUACAUUGUUUAAAUGCGAUGUUGGAAAACCACAUUCCAAAUUUAAGGGGUUCACGUUGAAAAGUGUCCAUUCUUUAAGAACUAGAGGUAGGGUAAUUUUCCCACCGAAAAUGAUAUUUGAAUUACAAAGUCACGAUGCCGCGUGACUUAAGGCUCUGACGUAGGUUUGUGUGUUCCAUAUCGGAUCGAGGCAAUAUGGCUAAAAGUGAGUGAAGAGUAGGGGAGGCAGAUUUUUUGUCUCUGGUGAGCAUGAUGAGCAAAGCGGUUAGAAAACCCUAUAUACCCCUUCAAUAAUGACUGAAUUUGUUGUAUUUUGUGCAAUUUUAAAUCAUAACGCUUUCUUUCAGUUGAACCAAGGCCAUACGAUUCAAACCUGGUCAAAGAACCCGUCUAUAGUGAGCUCGGGAGCCCAGUCCCCGUCCGACUGGCCUGUGCAUUUACCGGUUACCCUCCCCCUGAGGUGCGGAUCACAAAGGAUGAUGAUAGUGUGGUGAAUGGCAUAGAAUCAGUUUGGAUUGACAUCGUAACAGACAGCCUCGAUGAUUACGGAGUGUACCACUGUGUCGCCGAGAAUGUGGUCAGUCUUUCCAAGUUAAAUUAUACCUUCGAAGUCAAGAGAUCAGGUUGGUAUUGACUCCAUAAAAUUAAUAUGAUAGUUGUGCUACGCCGGUGAGUGAUUCUUGUCAAUGAUCUUCAGGGCACAUUUCAAUUGGGUGUUGUCGCCUAUGGCCAAGGUUAAAUACCCUCUACAGCCAUUCAAGGAGCCAAUGAGCUUAAAGCGCGGGAAAACACAUGUUGACGGUUGCGAUUGGCUUCAGCUAAAUAUCUGAUUGGUUGAGGGGGGCAGGGGGGUAGGCAAGUUUUCUAGACCAAUCAAGAAGCGAACCGAAUCAAAAGCAUUGCAAUCCCACACUGCAUUCAACACUCAAUUGAAAAUAGUUAGAUAAACUAGCUGUGAGUUACAAAACGUCAUUAUCUAGUCAAGUCAGCAAAAUCUAAGUUUACGUUCAUUUCAUUCAUUCUGUCAGAGGCUCCGAAGUUUACGUUAGAGCCCAAGGUCCCCACUGGAAAUCUAACCGCAGGCUUUCCAGUGACCAUGACAUGGAACGUUUCCGGUAUUCCAAAACCGGAAAUGAGAUGGAAGAGCCCUUCGGAAGGAUAUGUAACUUUGGUCAAUCCUCGCUUUUUGUUGAGUGAAAGAAAUCUUACCAUUAAAACAUUGGAGGAAAAAGACGCUGGAAUUUGGACGAUAGAGGCGACAAAUAGCUUGAAAACCACGAAAGUUCAGGUGCAAUUCGGCACAAUAUUUGGUAAGAGGCCAGCAACGAUUUUAGAUCCGGCUUUAUUUUCAUUAAAUACUAGGAUUCUUUUCCAUCAUCACGAUCCUUUGAUACAUUCUUUCCACAGAGAUUAUUUCGCUCUCCUUUUUUCAUUGAUCACAUCGUUGAAAAUCUGUACUGAGUGAUCGGCGGGGAGGUUUGGUCCGCCUGAAACUUCUAAAAGAAAUAACUAUUACUUAUACACUUGUGCUUAUAUGUUACGAAGUGUUCUGUUGAGGGUAACGUAAAAUGACUUCUUCCGAAUAAUCUUAAUAUUGCUUUCAAUUGAAUUCAUCACAGUGCCGCCCCAGAUCAAGCCGAUACCUGAUGUGGUGGCAUAUGAAGGGGAAAAUACUACGCUGACCUGCACUGCUUCUGGAGUCCCGACCCCGGAUGUAAAAUGGAUAUCAGAGGGAAAGGAGUUUUUCGAUGAGCAGGUAUUUAUAUACAAUAGUCUCGUAAUGCGUGCAUAGUUUGUUCUCGACACAAAGACCCGCUGACAAACUUCACGAGACAGGUGGAUUUUUACGUGUUAAAUUUACACAUUACUCAAGACUAUGCAGUUCAAAGCACGGCUGCUUUGCACUAAUCAAGGUUUGAUCAUCAUGUCUCCCGAAUAGCUUUGUCGACAGUUUAUCCUAAAACAUGAAAAUAGUGGGCUUAGUAUUUUCAGAAUUGGCACCAUUUUGACACCAUAUUCGAUUUUUAAUUUAUGUAAUUUUGAACUGAAAGAUGUUAGACUUGCUCAUUCCACUAUACAGUUUCUGUCAAUUUGUAACCUUGCAAAACGUAACCGGCGGCAAGCAGGCUACAACUUGCAAUUGUAAUCAGUAACCUGUGCCUGCAGCCUGCAACCGGUAACAUGCAACUUGCAACAUGCAUCUUGCAACAUGCAACUUGCACCUCACAUCCUUCAAUUUCAAAUUACACUCUGCAACCUGUGACGUGCAAUUUCAACCUAAAACACAAAGUCUGCAGCCCACGCUUACAAAUGUGUAAACUAAAACAGCACUGAGGAUUACACCGUCAUUUCUGGUGUAUGAUUUCUCAUCAUCAUCAUCAUCAUCAUCAUCAGGUCGAGCAUGCUCGGUAUUCCAUGACAUGCUCCAUAUUUCUCUGUCUUCCAUUGCAGUUGAUAGUUAUUCACGUCUGCAUCCUGUGUCAUCCAUCAUUUGGUCAAUGUGGGUCUCUUUUGGGCGUCCUCUCGGCUGAUUUCCAUGUGUUGGCUUUCAGAGUAAUACAUCCCUUGCAAGUUCGUCUUUACCGCGCCAACAAUGCCCUGCGAAUCUCAUCCUUUGUUGCUGUAGCGAUUUACUGAUUGUCGGGAUGUGGCCGUAGAGCUAGAGGCCUUUUUUACAAACUAUUGUUUCAUAAACUGAAUUAAUCAUGUAAAUUGACCACGGUAAAGAAUUUCGAAGCUGACGUUUUGAGCCGAAGGGCUAACACUCAAAACGUCGGCUUUGAAACUCUUUACGGUGGCCAAUUGACAUUAUCAACUCAGUUGAUCAAACCAAAUUAUCCUGUAGUACUCCCCACUGACACAGUUCCGCGGUUUCUUUAGAAAUGUACCUCCUUUAUUCAUAUUGUUUCUGUACUUUAUGUUUUUUUCUCGCCAGAAAUCACCUGGUAAGAGUGAGAUAACUCUGCUGAACCUGGGAUUGGAAGACAACUCGCAAUUUAUUUGUGAAGCGAAAAAUGGAGCCCAAGACGACAAAGGGAAGGAGCUGGUUGAUGUACAAAGCAUGAAACUUAUCGUCAAAGGUGAGUUGGAUUAUUUGUAAUAAUGAUAUUUGGUUGUACCCAAAACGAAUUAUUUAUGACAUUGAUGUAACGAAUGGAUCGAGCCGGGCGAUGCAUCCAAGCAGUUUGACUGACGUAUUUAAAUUGACCAGUCACAACUGACGCUGUUUGAGUCUUACAGCCAAUGGUAUCACUGGAAAACUAGCCAAUCAGUUUCGGUGAAGCUUAAAACACCUCCCCUGACAAACAGCUCUUCACUUGACAAUGACUUCCGCUCAAGUUUUCGCAACGUCAUACAAUAUUAACAAUAGCAGUCUUUUUUAAAACUACUUUUAUCUUUUCUUUACUGGUCGAUCACACCACAGAGUCGAUUUUUAUUCCGAGUGAAAGUACUUACUGCAUUCACUCAUUCAUUCAUCUAUUUUGCCAGUUGAACCGAAACCAGCGGAUAGUACCCAUCGCGCCAAGCCUGUUCUUUCCUACAUCGGAAACCCUGAACCUUCAGUCUUCAACUGCGAGUUCAGCGGUUAUCCGCCUCCUGAUGUAAGAAUCUUGAAGGAUGGUCAAGUUUUGGCUUAUGGCGAGGAUUCACUUUCGUACAGCGUUAGCGUUGAUAGCGUAGAUGACUUCGGUGAAUAUAUCUGCAUGGCCGAAAACGAAGUAGGGAAAUCCAAGAAGAACUACACCUUUGAGAUACGAUCUUCAGGUAACGAGUAUGGAAAUACUAUAAGGCCAUUUAAGAGUUCUUAACACUUCAUUUUGAAAAUGAAGAGGACCAAGGCUCUUGGCUUCUCAGGAAACGGCCUCUUCAUUGCGGUAGCUGACUUCUUGUAAGAAUGCUUUAAUGGAUGAAAAUUGAGUCACUAAAGAAAAGAUCGUUUUGAAAACUCGAACAAACCUUCAAACCACAUGGCAACGUCUGAAGAGAGCAAUUUUACAAUUUAGUGUUCAAAACGGAUAUGAUGAAAAUGUAAUGGAUUGUUUUGGUUCCUCUUUCUUCCGCUCUGUGAUUGGUCUAGCGGAGAACUCGGGCCAAAAUCUCAGCCAAUCAAAUAAAAACCUGAAACAAAUCCCAACUUGGUUACUCGCGUUUUCCCGCGCUUCAAGUAGAGUGCCUGGUUUACUUUGAAUUCUCAUUGGUUAAUGAUGAUGCUCGCUUUUCUUCUGAUUGGCUGUUUGAAUUAUUUUGAUUUUGGUUUUGUAAUGCUCAGUCGGAAUAUGCUCAAGUCAAUCAACUAACCAAACAAUCAAACGAACAAGCAAACCGUCUAUCAAUCAAAAAAAAAGAUACACGUUUUGAAUCUUUUACUCUGCUCGUAUUCCACAGCCGCACCAAGCAGCCCAAGAGACUUCACUGGGGAACCAACAUGUGACAGCGUGGUCUUAAGCUGGAGCCACCCAGAGGACAGUGGGGGAUUUCCUGUCAUAAGCUACGUUAUCACUUACAGCAAUAACACAGUGGUCAUCUCCUCGGACCUGACUGACUUCAUCAUUGACAACUUAAAACACGGCACAACAUACAAAAUCGGUUUACAAGCUAGAACAGAAGCCGGCAUCGGGAAAGAGGCAAAUGUUGAAGUGAAGACGACACAGUUUUGUGAGCAAUAUGCUGUUUGUAUUGAUAAAUUUUUUCUAUUUUAAUCGCAGUCGAAAGUUUUCUUGCAAGAUAGGAAGAAAUUGAAGAAGAGUACGAAAUUAUUCAAUGAGAUUGUUUUAUGAAAAUCAACUACAUAAUUUUCGUCCGUUUGCUACGAGGUUCGUUCGUAUUACGUUUCUUUUACGGAAGGCUCGUGUCCAGCUCUUUUCGCCUUUAGACCUGUUUCAACUUGGUGGAAAGUUACCCUAUGGCCGAGAUGACGAUGAAAUGGAGGCCUUACGAGGAGUUAUGGGGAUACAGGAUAUUUGGGGUAAAAAUUUUAGGGAUGAGGGAUACUCGAGGCAAAAAUAAAUGGGACAGGGAAUAUUUGAAAUAGAGAUUCCGGGAUAUCGAGCUUUAGAAUUAUAGGGAUACAACAAGGUAUUUAAGCCAAAAAUUUAUAGGAUACGGGAUACUCGGACCACCCCCCUCCCCUCUCCAUCUGCUAAUGGGGCCUUGAAAUGGGAUCGAACAAUCUCAUAAUUAGGCUCAGAAGGCGUGCAAACUAAUCCUGGAAUUCUUUGUAAAACACAUUUUCAGGCCAAGUGUCAUCUUGCGUAAACGUACUUGAAGAUGGAGAUCUAUACACUUUAAAUGCCAGUCAGGGUCUCUGGCCCAGAGAUGGAUUUUGCCGAGCACUGAGUGCGCACAGAGCAUCGGAGCCUGACAUGUAUAGGCUGUCCACUGACUAUUAUAUCCCUGGCACUAAAGGCUCAAUGGUGGUUACCUACGUGGGUGUGUUCUUUAACGCUCAGAAUGAGGACAACUUUGAUUUUAUAUUCUUCAGGUAAAAAUGUUGAAGAUGAUAUAUUGUUUUAUAAAGAAAACUUCGCAGCUCACUCAUGUUGAAUGGUCUCAUUUGUUGAGGCAGAAUUUGUAGGAAAGUGCCCUUUAAGAGGACACAGUUUGGUUGUAGCCUCAGCAAAGGGGGCGGUAACAUUAACAGAGGCUUUAAAAGAGGGUUAUUUUCAUUUUACGUCAAAAAAGGCCGGAAUUUCUAUGGGUCUGCUUAACUUCGCUCUAUAAUUUGUUCAGAACACUCCAGCCGUCCUCUACACCAAUCAUAUGCAAGACAGAAGCCAUAGACAUUUUUUGUUUUUUCAUUGAGCUCUGAGUGGCUCCCCGUGAUAUUUUUACCUUUACUGUGAUUGCCUGUUGUGUUUACUUUGAUCCUGGUCUUACGACACUGAAACAAAAACUACUCUAUCUAAACGAAUUAAAUUUGAAUUUCCCUGGUCAGUGAUUGAAGAAAAGUAAAAUGGUUUCCGUGUCUACAUAGCCUGAUGUAAACACGCGGGAGGUUGGGAGAACACGAGAUAAGCAGCUUAUCGAGUUAUCUCCCAACCUCCCGAGUGUUUACAUCAGGCUAUGUAAACACGGAAACCAUUUUACAUUUCUUUUAUAAAAUAACUAAUGAAAGAGGAACGAAAACCGCGUUUACAGACGCUUAUGUAAAAUGGUUUUAUUGCCAAUCAGAGCGCGCGUACUAUUUGAAUUAUUUUAUAAAAUAAUAUCCUCUUCCGUGUAAAUUUAUGGCAUGGUUUCUCUCCAUUGAGGGAGUUUCAAAAGAGUUUUAGGAAAAGUCAUUUAAUCAAGUUGCAACAGUCCAAGUACAAAAACAUGUACCUUUUUGCUGGGCCUAAGUCUGUUGAUAAGAAAGAUUGCAUACUUUUUGAGAGCCCUGAAAACAUGUCUAUUUUACAACACCUUCCCAUAUAUUCCAGAUAAAAAAAACUUAAAAACACAAGUCGAGCCGGAGUUUGAAUUUGACGAGGGCAAAAUAAAUUUUUGAAGAGGAGGUAUUUUCUGUAAUUCUUCAAGUUUCUUCAAGGUUAAUAUAGACGACUAUUAAUAUGGAUAACUAUUUUUCUAUGGGGAUAUCAACUUAUAAUGCUUAACUGUUUUUUGGAAUUUUACUCACUCAGGGUUGGAGCAAGUGACAAUCCGUGCUUCCAAACUGGUGAGAUCCAGCGAGGCCGGCUGAACUGGUAUGGUUCCCAGGUCGGCUCCUGUCCGCACGGCCCACCUCGCAAUGCACGAUGGAUACACAUUACACUCGAGGUCCGAAAGUCUGAAGUUUCAGUUUUCCUAGAAGGAGUUCACGUGACUUCUUUUCGAGGCCACUUCCCUCCUAAAGGUGCUGGGGGUGUGUUAUUGGCUAAUCGCCGUGGAAGUGUUGUACGGUUCAAGAAAUUUAUCAUCAACGAUAUACCUUCUUUGCCGUUUGAAACAAAGAGUUGUGCUACAAUGCAGGAUAACACAAAGUACUACUCCAUGAUAAGUCAAGGCGACUUCUGGUCGCAAGGAUUCUGCCGCGCUCUUCUGAAAGAUGUCAACUUGGAGGAGACAUCUACUUAUCAAGUGUCCGUGGACUUGUUCAGUGAUCUGGGUUGGAGUGGCGACAGGAUUGCAUAUCUUGGAAUUAUUUUCAAUGCCCGUGAUAUCAAUAAUGCUGACUUCAUUUACUUCAGGUAAAGGCCUAAAGGGUAACCCUAAACAUCGUAUCGUAAAGGCUUAUAUUAGCACCCCCUUCGAAUAAACACCGAUCCUAUCGACCAAACCUUUUACCAAAAGGCCUUCCUCUGAAAAAUUGCUCUUCCUUCUCCUCUUUUUAAAGUAAACGAAAGAUCAAGUUGGCCGAAAUAGUAAUGUGCGUUGCUUGGUGAUAAAGCAACUUGUGUUUGUGAACACUUAAGGUUUGAAAAAGUAACGAGUGUCCACUGUGCCACCAUUACGACUUAAGGUUGAACUUCAGAUAUUGUUACAAGGUUUAUGCUAACAUUGUUAUAAUAAAAAAUGAUUAUAACUAAUUGUCUUGCGCAACUAGUACGCAUUUUUCGUUCCAAUUAAACCUUUGGCCUGACUUAUUUCUCAGUGAAUGCAUACUAACUCAUGAACCAAUUGUUAAUUUGUUCUAGACCUUACUGGAAGGAUCACUGUUACCAAACAGGAUACCUGAUGGGCGGACGGCAGAGGAGAGAAGGAGCCAAAACCGGGCCCUGUUCCUGCACCGUAGCAGGCGGGAAAUGGUUUAACGUCCGUCUGGAAAUCCGCAGUAACAUCGUAAGCGUUUUCAUGAACGGCCUAGCUGCUGCAACUUUUAAAUCGCAUUUUCCUUCCACCAACAAAGGUACUGGUGUUCUUGUAACGGGCGGUUGCCGGAAGUCCAUUCGUUUCAGGAACUUUACCGUGAAAUCGCUUCCGUUACUGCCUUUUACUUCCAAGAAUUGUCAGGGCACAAGGGAUUCUGGGAGCUAUUUCACCUUAAUGGCUUAUCCCGGAAUUGAAGACACUACUCAACCCGGUGUGUGCCGCGCAGUGUACCCGAAAAAUGUCCUGGGCACUAGUUACGUCAUCAGCGUCAGUUUUUAUGUUCAGGGGAGUCUGCUGGGUGGAAAGUAUGGUGUCAUGUUUAACGUGAAGAACGCUGACAGCUUCGAGUUUGUUUACUUCCGGUAAGAAUAAAUUUAUGAAAAAACGAUUUAGCUAUUUUUAUUCGAUGGGGCGUAUUUUCAUCGAUACUCUCUAUUUCUAAAUCAAAUUUACUAAGACGGCCUGUCAAACGAAAGAAAAGAUUAAGAGCCCAUGAGAACUCAGAGUGAGUCUAUUUGCCCACCUCAAGCGCUGCACCUGAUUGGUUGACUAUGUGGUGCGAGUUUCUUGAUCAAUCUUGGUGCUAAACAAAGCAAAGAACUGCUCUAUGAGUCACUUAGUAAGUUUUUCGCAAACGCACGAGUUUCUAUCGCAGCUGAUUUUUAAAAUAAUGCUCAAAAACAUUUACCGGUACUUCUGGCAGCCACGUCUUUGUUUUUUGAAGCCUUAUAAGGCUUAAAAAAUUAGGGAAUUGACCUUUAUGAAACCCAACAGGCCAUCUCAAUACUACUCAGGUUUAUGAGACUGUUUUAUCUUUAAAUAUUUAUGAAAUUCUUUCAACUAUUUUACGAUCAUUUUUUCAUUCUAAAUCACCUGAUAGACGGUGUAAUUUAGUAAUAUCAAUUGCGUUGAUAACGUAAAUCGGUCACCGUAAAGAGUUUAAAAGCUGACGUUUCGAGCUGUAGCCCUUCGCAAUUCGUUUUGAUGAAGGGCUUAUGCUGAAAACGUCGGAUUUGGAAUCUCUUGUUAACGGUGGUUAGUUUACAUUACCAACUCAGUUGAUAGCACCAAAGUAUCUCGUUAUACCUCCCACCGACUCAGCAGCACAGUUGCUAUAGAAACUUACCCCUUUUAUUACUCUUACUCUCUCUCAGACGGGAGGUUCCAAGAAGUAAUGCUUUCAUAACAUAUUUCCACACUCAUUUCCAGACCCUACAACCGCGAUGACUGCGUUCAAAUAGGGUACCUUCAAGGCACCAGAAUCAACGAAGGGGAACGAAGAAAACCGAAAUCCCUGACAUGCUCAUACGGAUUCAUGCGGGGUGGAAGUUGGUAUGAUGUGCGCCUCAAGGUCAACGGAAGCGAAGUAAAGGUUCUCAUAGAUGAUGUAGUGGUCGCCGUUUUCAAGAGUCGAUUCCCGACUAUUGGGCGCGGAGGAGUCAUGGUGGCCAGCGGUUACAAGCGAAGAAUAAACUUCAAAGACUUUCGCAUAUUGUAAUUAUAUCAGUGAAGAGCUGUGAAUAUUUACCCAAUCCUUGGCUAUAAUGUGGCUUUGAGAAAAUCUCACGUCCCUUUUCUAUGGGAAACGGGUCGCGACUGGAAGUUGAAUGCGACAUGUACCUGGCAAACGGCAGUCUCAAUUUAUCUGAAAGACAUUUGAAUUUUCUUUAUUCGGGAAUAUUAAACCGAUACAAAUAGUGAACCUCUUCCUUUUCCUUGAAUAGAGUUUCUUACCCUUUAGAAAAAUAUGCAAUUAGAAUUUCAGGUUAAGAAAAGUUAAAGGAGUUUUACUAUGUGAUGAAGACUUCGAGUUUUUGUUGUUUGUAAUAGUUAUGAAAUUCUUACGUCACUGAUCAUUUUUAUCGACUAUGUUAAGGUAUAUGUUUGGUUCAUGAUAUUAGGUUUCAAACUUGUUUUACCUGUUAGCGUCAGAUAAUGAAGAUACGAUCAUUCUUCAUGUAUGAAUGAUCGAGCUAUCCACAAAAUUUCACGGUGGUAUGCCAUGUGCCAAAUAGAUUAUAAUCUCUUGGUGAACAAAAUAACACGUAAAUUUAAUAUCUAUCAAUCUAUAGAAUAACACUAUUGUACCCAUGCCUCAUACGUUAUUCAGGGCAAAUUUUGUGCUUUUUAAGCCUUUUUGAUGUAAUUCGUGACUAAGUAAAUGGUGACACAGCCGGCAAUUAAAAAAAAUUAUCCUUUUACGGACUAUUAAACACUUUUGUAAGAAAAAGGGGAAAAAGUUUUAUAUACUCACAUUAUGUAGUUUAACGAAAUGGGUUAAAAAGAACAAAAAGAAAGGACUUGAGUGAUCAUUUCACAGUUGAACUAGCAAAAAACAAAUAUGUUAAAUCGAGGCCAGUGUAACAACAAUUCCCUUCCUGAGCUGAUGUAGUAACUUCUUUGAAACAGUGAGUGGCUAGUUCUUGAAAAAAAAUAGCUCCCGAACGUCGACAAGCUUUAAUUUUUGUGUUUUUUUUUCUGCUCUCUCCCGAUGAUUCCACACCAUUUCCACAAGAAACAGCUAUUUUCCAUGGAAACCGAGUCCUUCUCGUGAAAAUGUCAAUAUAGAUCGUUUGACUUAAUGACAGCAUGAAAGUGGUGGAAGUGGUUUUCUGAAGAUUGCAUUUUGAAGGAAAAUAAGAAAAAUAUCAUUACAGGCAGUGUUACGG